GAGAUCAUCGACAAAGGGCUUCUGAAGAAAGGUGGUAAGUCAAGCUGCAUUGAUGGAACAAAGGCGCACCGCAAGAGGUCUAAGGUCACCGUGCUGAAGGGACUCCUGCCGGGCGAGGAUUCCGUGCACGCAGCUGCCAAGCAGGCGCUGAAGCACUUCGAAUCUUCGGUGGAUGAGCCGAUCCAGCUGGUGGAUCUUGGCAAUGUGCAAAGUCAGAUCCAGCUCUGGAAGAAAUACCUGCCCGAUGUGCGCCCCCACUACGCCGUGAAGUGCUGCCCUAACAAGCAGAUCAUCAAGCAGCUCCGAGAUGGAGGUUGUGGCUUUGACUGUGCCACAAUGCAGGAGAUCAGCACAGUUUUGGAAUUGGGUGUCAGCCCAGCCGACAUCGUGUAUUCUCACCCUUGCAAGCCACGAUCACACAUUGCCUUUGCCAAGACGCAAGGCAUCAGCUUGAUGUCCUUUGACAACGAUGUGGAGCUGCGGAAGGUGGCAGCCGUUUAUCCAGAGGCACAACUGCUGCUCCGCGUCGUUUGCGAGGACUCCUCAGCUCGGUGCCCGAUGUCGCUGAAGUUUGGAGCUAAACGCGACAAUUGGUCGGCACUGCUGGACAUCAUCCAGGAGCUCCAGCUCAAUCUCGCCGGUGUGUCUUUUCAUGUGGGAUCCGGCUGCAAGGACCCAGAAACCUUUGAGCCAGCCCUCCGUGACGCGAGGGAGGUCUUCAGAAUGGCCUCGGAGCGCGGCAUGAAGGCGAUGCACGUCCUGGACAUUGGCGGGGGCUACCCGGGCGACCGGGCAGGCUACGAACAGAUUGCCCCUAUCAUUGCCGAGAAGCUGCAGAGGCUUUUUCCGAGCAGCGAGUUCCCAGAGUUGACACGCAUUGCGGAGCCGGGACGCUUCUUCGCAGCGAACAGUGGCCAUCUGCUGACGAAGGUCUACGCCAAGGCAAAGCUGCCAGCGACGGACGGAAGCGGAGAGCAGGUUUGCCGCUAUUACCUGAACGACGGGCUCUAUGGAUCUUUCAACUGCAUCAUCUAUGACCAUGUCUCUGUCUGUCCAGAGCCCAUACGCUCUGUCGACGGUCCAGAGGUUCCCUGCGCUCUCUUCGGCCCAACCUGCGAUG